AUAGUUAUGCCCUGAGCCAGAUGCGGGUUUUAUUCGUUGGUCGCCGUGACCCCGUCUGGUAUCUGGGAGAGCGGGUACGUAUGCAGACCGUCGGAGUCUUCUCGGUGCCUCAUCCUCCACCUGCGACCAUGUUGGCCACCCGUUCGAUAGGCGAGGCCUGGAGGGUUCAUUCGAGGGCGGGCGUCCCGGCGACGGAGUUGGUGAUAGCGGGAGCUAACUAUCAUCAGUUCAUCCUGAGUUCUCUUCGUCUCCCGGAGCCUGGCGCUGAGCAUCCUGAUCCUUUGUUAGGGGGAUGGGUGCCUCCCGAUGCUCGGAUCUCAUAUAUUGGGGAGGGUGGAUCCGAGGUUGUGGAGAUUAUCCCGGAGGGCCGGGUUUUCCAUGCUCCGCUCCCUGAGGGAGUACAGGCGGUCCCGGCCCGUACGGCCAAUGCGAUGGUGGGGGUGAUCAACCGGUUGAAGUCCGCGUUGGUUCGGGCCCGAUCCGCACUUUCUUGCAGGAGCCCCCGUUCUACUCAGACGGAGACAGGGCGAGCCGGGGCCGAUGUCACGGGCCCGUCGGGAUUCGGGGGAUGCGGCCAUGAGGAGAGAGAGCGGGCAAGACACUCGCCCCAACGACAUCGCCGUUCUGAUGUGGGAGCGAGUACUUCUGGGGAGAGAUCCGGGCCGGAGCGUGGGCGUCGUUCCCUGUCAGUGGCUCGUGAGCCUAGCCCCGAGUUGCAGCCGCAGCCUCUGCAUUGGGGAGGUUCAGGCUGGGGUUCCUCGCACUAUGGGGGGUGGACGGGAUGGACCGACGAGGCUUGGAGGGAUGAAGCCGAGGACGAGUCUUAG